AUGGCCGCCGCGGGCGAGCUCAGCCGCCUGCUGAAGGACUCGCCCCGCGUCCGGUUCCGAGUGCGCCGUUUCGGCGCCGAUGACCCCUGCGGCAUGGAGGACUUCUUGUCAGAGAACGUUGCGCUGUUGUGCAUAUAUUGCAGCGGCGACGAAGGGGAGGCCAACACGCUGUAUGCGCGGACGCUGUCCAAGAAGCUGCACCAGGCCGGCAAGGGCUGGUCUCAGAGGACUGGAAAGGCCCCCGGCUGCUUUGCCGCCCUGGGCUACGGGCACAUGGACCCAUACGUCAUGCUCUACAGGAACUCGCGCGGCGACUCUGGCCUCAUCGCCGAGGCCCUGGAGGCGCUGGGCAGCACCCCGCUGCUCCGCCACCAGUACGUGGACGAGAAGGUCCCCGGCGGUGUGGCGGCCGUGGCGCAGCAGUGGGCGCAACGCGUGGCGCAGCAGGUGGAUGACUGGGCCCGCGGCGGCUGGUCGCCCGAGCCCGAGAAGCUCAAGGGCCCCGAAUGGACCGCCUCGAAGCUGCGGGCACGGGCGCCUUCCGAGUGGCGCUUCCCGCCUGGCCUCCGCCGGGUCCGUGCACUGGCUCUGGAGCGUCGCGGGCCCCACGGCGACCAUGGCGCGAGGCGGCUGGACGCCGUGCCUGGAGACGCGCUCCAGCGCAAGCGGCUUGGCACCUCGCAGCGAACCGCCUGCAGGACGUUCGACGAGAUCACGCGGUGGGAGUUCGUGGUCAACAGGAAUGACGGCGCGGAAGUGGUCGAGGGCCGCCGGACCAGCGGCGUGGCCGCACCCGCGACAUCGUUGAAGUCUCUGCUCAAGCGCUCCCUGAGUCGGGCUUUGGCGGAGCUCGGGAACGCAAUUGCAGAUCGCAGAUCGGACGGAGAGGCGGCGCGUGAGGUGGCGGGCGCGGGCGGGGGAGGGAAGGCGGGUGGCUCUGCAAAGGCAGUCCAUGUCGCAGCUGAUUGCCGGACCGAGGGGCGCUCUGCGGGGCGCGCGGCCCCCGCGCGGAAGCUGGGCGACCUCCCGAUGAAGAGGACGUGCGCGGAGGCAUCGCUCACCGACCUGCUCGCCAAGGCGGGUCAGGAGCACGUGCUGGCUUACUGGGCGGACCUCAGCGGCGAAGAACAGGCCGCGCUGGAGGCGCAGCUUUGGGCUCUCGAGGAGUCCGUAGGGCUGGCCAGCCUGAAGCCAGCGCUCGCGGAGACGCUGAAGGCUCACGCAGAGGCGAAGGUCUGCGAGAUCGCGCCGCCCCCUGCGGAGUGGGUCAAUUACGCAGACGGCUCUGACCUCGUCUCCGAGAAACGUUGGGAGGAUGCGGGCCUGGACCUGGUGGCGCAGGGCAAGUGCGCCGCCUGCGUGCUGGCCGGCGGAAUGGGCACCAGGCUGGGGUCCUCGUACCCCAAGGGUAUGCUCGGCGCCGAGGAGAUCGGUGAAGAUUUCCUACCCUCUCGCAAGUCGAUAUUCCAGUUGCAGGCCGAGCGGAUCCUGUCGGUGCAGCGCCGCGCGCAGUCGAGGGCCGGCCUGGCCGAGGCGCCCACGGUGUUCUUCCUCGUCAUGACGGGCGCGGCCACCGAUGCGCCCACGAGGGACUUUUUCAAGCGGCACAAGUAUUUCGGGCUGAAGGACGAGCAGGUCGUCUUUUUUGAGCAAGGCGUCAUGCCAUGCAUGGCAGAGGAUGGGAAGAUGCUCAUGGAGACGAAGGGCAAGAUUGCCGUGUCCCCGGAUGGCAAUGCGGGGAUCUACCCGGCGUUGCGGAGGCACGGGGUGUUGGACACCCUGCAGGCGAAGGGGGUAGAGUAUGUGCAGUGUUUCAGUGUAGACAACAUCCUCGUCCGCGUCGCGGACCCCGUUUGGUAUGGCUUCCAAAAGGAGGCUGGCGCUGACGUGGUGGCCAAGACGAUCCCGAAGAGGAACUGGCAGGAGGCCGUUGGCGUUGUGACGCUGAAAGAUGGCGCGCCAGGCGUGAUCGAGUACAGCGAAAUUGGCGAGGUGCGGGCGCAGGAGACAGACGCCUCUGGCAGCCUCAGGUAUAACGCUGCCAACAUCUGCCUGCAGGCGUACACUCUGGACUUCCUCCGAGGACCCGCGCAGCAGUUCAAGACGGUUUGGCACGUCGCGCGGAAGGAUAUUCCCACCGUGAACGGCAAGACGCCUGGGAUCAAGCUCGAGGGUUUCAUCUUCGACGUUUUCGCGGUGGCGAAGGUGUUCCGGACGCUGCAGGUCGAACGGGCGGCGGAGUUCAGCGCCAUCAAGAAUGCUUCGGCCAGCGGCAAGCCAGACACGCCGGCCACGGCGCUCGAGUCGAUCAGCAGGCUACACCGGCGCUGGUUGCGAGCCGCGGGGUCGCCGAUCGUUGAGGACGACGCCUCGGGAGCUGGGCCUAUCUGCGAGGACACCGCCGCCGCCAGGGGUGUUUCUUCUAGCUUGGACACGUUGGUAGUGCAUCAGCACAAGAGUCUUGCAAUGUUAUUGUCAUUUGGUUUAGGUACCGCUUUCAUUGACAUUGGCUACGGCAAAUCCUGCUUUGGAUGUGGCUCGAAUCUUGGAGUCUCAGGGCUCGAGUCUAUUGUUCAGCAGCCGAUGAACAACUCUCUGACAUAUUGUUUCUGAACGGUACCAUCCGUCACCUAAGGCAUAAGUCAAAGACCCUGUAACUAAACUGAUAGCACGCCGGAUGAAUGUCAGAGGCAGGGCGAAUUCCGGAAGCCCAACGACGAGACAGGUGGCAUUCAAAUUAGGGGGUCCAUGCUUCUGGUGCCAAUUUCAGGGGUACCAGAGCGAGAUCUUAUGACCCAGCUCACUAUGAAGACCAUACGAUGAUUUGUGAGGACCACUAUGGAAUAGUCCAGUGCAACAGGAUCAUGCCAAUUUCUCUUCUCAAAUGCAGCUCAUAUCUUGACAACUCGUCAGGGCGAGGCCAUACAUACGACCAAGGAGCCGCAUGUACCCCACCCGACAGAUUGUGCCUCCGUCCUCUGGCACAGGUUGCCCCCCCCGUGUUGUGUUGUCCGCGCCUGCGACGCAAAACGAGGUGAUCAGACUGGCUCGGCAGAGGUGCAGGGCUCAGGAGGGCGAUGGCCCCCUGCCAGACAGCCUAUCAUCCAGUGCAGAAUGAUACAGCUCCCCAAACGAUGCUUGCACAUGAGGGGGUCCUCGCGUGCCUUCCUAAGUGAUUUGACCGGUGUGGCCGGGCUUCGCCUGGUGCCCGGUAGGUGGCCCCCCGCGGGCUCCUCGUGGGCGACCCGUGCGUCGCCUUUGUGCCCGCCCAUGGCCGGGCGCCCCGUGCGCCGGGUGUCGUGCGCGUGCCCUGUCGCUCGGGUGGGCUGCUGCCCUGGUCGCGUGCGACCGCAAGGCGCGCGUGUGUGUGUGCGUGUGUGCGUGCGUGCGUGCUGUUUGUGUGUGUUUGUGUUUGUUUAUGUGUUUGUUUGUGUGUGUUUGUGUGUGCGCGCGCAGGGGCUUCCUGGCAGAGACCCAACGCACUGGUGCCGCGUCGCGCCUGUGGGCUGCGUAGAGUUGUCUCCGGCUUUGCCUCCUGCCUCUGGCAUCUGCCUUUCUUCCGUGGGCUUCCUGGCAGUGUUCUCUAGCGGUGUUCUUCCUGGCAGUGUUGACCUGGCCUUGGAUGGAGGCCUCCCCGCGCUCUGCUCACAGCAAGCGCAUGUUUCACGCACUGCCGGUGGCGUCACCACCCUGG